AUGAACAAAGAAAUACUUCAGGCACUUUAUGAUUCAGUUUCUCAAGAUGCUUCUUUGAUUAAAUUAUCAGAAGAAAAACUUAAAUCUUGGGAAACAGUGCCAGAAUUUUAUUUGACACUUCAAGAUAUUUUUUUAAACAAAGAAUUUCCAGUUAAUGUUAGAUGGAUAAGUAUUAUUUAUUUUAAAAAUGGAAUUGAUAAAUAUUGGCGAAAAAGUGCAAAAAACUCAAUAUCUUUUGAAAAGAAAGAAAAAAUUAGAAAACGUAUAUUACAAGGUUCAGAAGAUAAAAAUCAUCUUUUAGCAGUUCAAAAUUCUCUCGUAGCAGCAAGAAUUGCUCGAUUAGAUUUCCCUCAUGAUUGGCCACAUCUUUUUCAAGAACUUUUUUUUAUAAUAAAAAAUUCAACUUCUCAUGCAUCAGAUUCAUGUAUGCUUUUACAUCGACAUUUAUAUACGCUUUAUCAAAUUGUUAAAAACCUUUGUGCAAGUCGGCUUGUAAAAGCAAGACGUAAUUUUCAACAAAUAGCUCCGGAAUUGUUUGAAUUUAUAUACGGAGCAUUUAAAAAUUAUACUGAUCAAUGGAUUCAUAUGUUUCAAUCAAAUGCUUUAGAAACAGAUAUUUUUGCUAUUUUACAAAUAAGCCAUUUAUGUUUUAAAAUUCUUAGACGAUUAAUCAUUUAUGGGUUUGAAUAUCCAUACAAAAACGAAAAUUUAAGGUCUUUUUUCCAAUUAUCUUAUAUGUACUUAAAAUUAUAUUUCAAUUUAUGUGAGUAUGUUAAAGGAGAUAUGUGUACCUUUUUAUAUUCAUAUAUAAUCCUUUUUGGAAAAAUGUUCUUAGAAUUUUCAUCAACACAAUUAACUUCUAUUUUUUUAAUGCCAAAUUCGAGUGAACUCAUUAUGGUUUAUUUAGAUAUUAUAGAAAAAAACGCAGAUAUUUUUAAUGAACAAAAUACAGAGCGUACAAAUUUUAUAUGUAAGAUAGUUAUACAAGGUUUACUUCUCAUAAAACAUGGAAUCAAAUUUCUUCAUAAUUCGGAUCUUUUACUAGAAUUUAAAUUAGAGAACUAUAGACAAGAAAUUGAAGAAACAUAUAAGAUUUUAGAAAAAAAUAUAUUUAAUCCAGAAAUGCUAAAAAAGAUUUUAGAAAUAUUAAUUACCAAAUAUAUGGUUUUAAGGCCAAAUGAUCUUUUUACAUGGGAAGAAAAUCCUGAACAAUGGUUUUUAUCACAAGAAAAACAAUCAUGGGAAUAUGAUCUUAGACCUUGUGCAGAAUCUUUACUGGCAGACAUCUUUUCGAUAUAUAGCAAAAUAUUAUCUAGUCCUUUCUUAUCAUUAUUUCAAACUAUUGCAACAUCUUUUGAUGAAAGCACCUUUCUUUUAAAAGAGGCUGUAUAUAAUGCUUUUGGAAUAGGUAUUAAUUUUUUCUCUGAUUCUGUGGAUUUUGAUAGUAUCUUUUUAAAUAUAUUUUCAAAGGACAUCCAAAUACAUAAUCAAAGAAUUUCUAAAAUUAUAUAUCGAAGAAUUCUCAUACUUAUUUCACAAUGUACAUCUUUAGAAUCUUCAAAAAACAUUCAAACUAAUAUAUAUGUAAUUUUUGAAAAAUUUUUAAACGCUUAUGAAGAAUCAAAUGAUUUAGCAAUUCAACUUACAGCAGCAGUAUCUUUAAAACAAUGUGUAGAUGAAUGGAGUUUUGAAGAAGAACAACUUUUGCCUUAUUUAAAAAGUAUAUUUAAAAGUUUAUUACACUUAAUAAAUCAAUGUGAAUUUUCUGAUUCAAAACUCAAAGUUCUGCAAGUUAUUAAUGUAAUUAUAGAAAGAAUAAAACAACAGAUUUUACCAUAUGCUCAAAAUAUUAUUGAUACAUUACCACUUUUAUGGGAACAAUCUGAAGAGGGACAUCUUCUUAAAGUAAUUAUUAUUAUUACUUUAACAAAACUAGUCAAAUCUCUUAAAAAAGAAUCAGAAAAAUAUCAUCCAUUGAUAAUACAACUAAUUCAAUAUUCUAUUAGUUCAUCAUUGAAUACUAAUAUUUAUUUAAUUGAAGAUACUCUUGAAUUAUGGCAUAGUUUACUUCAGGAAACUCAAAAUUCAUCAUUUCAAAUAUUAUCUCUUAUCCCAUUAGCUAUUAAUUUCUUAGAUUAUGGAAAUGACGUAUUAAAAAAAAUAUUAUGCAUUUUUGAAAGCUAUAUUUUACUUUCUGGAGAUGAAUUCAUGAAACACUAUUCACUACCAUUUUUAUCAAAAUUUUCAAAUCUUUUAGGGAAUUUACAUCCUGAUACAUCUCAUGUGAUAAUAAGAGUACUUGAUUUUGCAUUACAAACAACAUCUAUUCAUUUAUAUGCAAAUACUUUAGUUUCGUCUGGCUGUAUCUUUAAAAUAUUAGAAUCUAUUAUGAUCAAUAAAGAACUUAAACCCAUUGUUAUACAAUAUUUUUCACUUAUUUCUAGAAUAUCUCUACAAAAUCCACAUAUUAUAUUGGAUUUUUUGGGAGAAUUUUCAUUUAAAAUAGAACAAAAUAGUCCUAAUAAUCAAGAAAUAAUCAGUAACUUUCUUAAUAUAUGGAUUUCUAUAUUUGAUAAUAUUGGGAACCCUAAAUAUAGAAAAUUAAAUGUUAUGGGAAUUACUGCAUUACUAAUAACUAAUAAUCCUUAUGUUCUUAUAAAUAUAAAUCAUUUAAUAAAUAUAUGGUCUGAAACUUUAAGUGAAAUCAAAGAAAACAAAGAGGGAGACGCUCUUAUAUAUUGGAAUAAACAUGAUGAUGAAAAUUAUUUAAGUGUUACUAAUAGUUCAGAAACAAUUCGUCGACAGGAACUUAUAAAAAAAGAUCCUAUACAUACAACAUAUUUAAAAACGUAUAUUCAGCAAAUCUUCUUUUCUUGUGUAGAAGCAAAUCACGGAAUGGAACAGUUUAAAAUAAAUUAUCAAAUAGAUGAUAUUCUUGAUAUUUUUUCAUAG